CCAAGGCUACCCCUAAACGCCCGUUUAAUCAUGAUAUGUUUCGUACUUUAUUUCUCUGUAGAGAUGUAAUUUGGUGUUCCUGUAAUGCACGUAGUUCGGAUCAGCGACGGUCGCACGGUUCCUGAUAAUGAUCGUGAGUCAUACUCGAGGUGACGACAGUCUAGCUAAUGGAAAUGCCACAGGUUUCCAACGCCUUGGUCGCGAUCAAAUCGGUUGAACUCGCGCGAUUAAACAAGAAACUGAAAGAGAACCUCUACGGUGAGAUAAAGAUUCUCAAGAACUUACGACACCCGCACAUUGUCGCCCUUCAUGACUGCAUCGAGUCCACAACCCACAUCAAUCUUAUUAUGGAAUACUGCGAAUUGGGGGAUCUAUCACUAUUCAUAAAGAAGCGAGAUGCCCACGCCACAUUUCUUCCAACUCGCGAUAUGGUGCGAAAAUAUCCUAGCACUCCCGGUGCUGGCCUUCACGAAGUUGUCAUCCGUCAUUUCCUCAAGCAACUUGCUAGCGCCUUGAAGUUCCUUCGAGAAGGCAACUUUGUUCAUCGGGAUAUCAAACCUCAAAACCUCCUGCUGCUUCCAUCACCUCAAUAUAGAGAGUCGAACAGCGGCCGUCUUAUCCUUAGUGCUAGCGACGAUUCGUUGAUACCGGCUGUUGGAUUGCAAUCUCUACCCAUGCUGAAAUUGGCGGACUUCGGCUUCGCCCGUGUUCUGCCAGCGACGUCUCUUGCCGAGACGCUUUGCGGAUCUCCUCUCUAUAUGGCGCCAGAAAUACUGCGCUACGAGCGAUACGAUGCGAAAGCAGAUUUAUGGUCUGUUGGCACCGUUGCGUACGAGAUGAUAUCCGGCAGGCCACCAUUCCGAGCUGGUAAUCACGUUGAACUUCUCAGGAAAAUCGAAAGCUCUGACGCACAAGUCAAGUUCUCGCGGGAUUGCCAAGCUAGCCUGGAACUUAAGGCAUUGAUUCGUGCGCUUUUGAAGCGUAACCCUGUAGAAAGGCUAAGCUUCGAGGACUUCUUUAGCCAUCAGGUCAUUUCAGAUGAAAUCCCGGGCUUAGUUGAAGAUGACUUACCCAAAGUCAAGAGAGUUCCGUCCAGAGAAAUCCGCGCCAGCUCGCGGACUGAUGACUCGGAUGUAAUCCCGCGACGCAUGUCAACUCAUCGUCGCUAUGCCACUGAAUCAGACGCAGCAGGUCAGGACAAUAGCUCCUCGUCGCCUCGCGAGAGGCCAUUGAGAUCGUCGCCUCUAGCGUCGCCGGCCGAGUUUGAGGACCGGGAUCCACAGAUUCAAGGCGCAUCUCGUACAGCCCAAUCCCCUAGGGACGAGAUCGCGCCGGGCCUGGGUAUUCGACGACCGCAAAAUAAACCUUCCACUUCCGCACCUGCACGAGGCGCCUAUAGCGAAGACCGCCGGCAGCGCGGAUUGUCUAACGCUUCAGCCAAUAAUUAUUCGCAAGGCCAAUUUCCACCUUACGAAGAAUCCAGAAGGAGUAGAACUAGGUCAGAGCGCACUGCAAUAGAAGAAAGAGCUGCACAGGAGAUUGCUUUUGAGCGAGACUACGUUGUAGUAGAAAAGAAACACGUGGAGGUGAACGCAUUUGCUGAUGAGCUGGCUGCUAAGGGAGCACAAGCGGAGGCGGCAUCUUCUAGGUCAGGACAAAUUAUUCGUCGUGCUACUCAGCAGGGCACGCCGACUUCAACAACGGGCGCAAUUCCUGCUCAGCCGUCCAGCGCGCUCCAAAUAGCGCAAGGCAGGCAACGACCCGAUCAUUAUCGGCGAGGCUCCUACGAAAAGAAUAUGUCUGGCAGCCCUAGUUCUACAACUUCUGCAAUCUAUAAUGCGAUCUCAGAUGCGAGCUUGAGGAUUUUCGGCUUCAAGUAUCCACCGCACUUACUUGGCAAAGGCACAUCCCCUCCAAACCCGUAUAAUGCAUUUCCGGCGUAUCCCACUCCAGCCGCUCCUGUCGGCUUCAUUACGGAUGGACGUCAAGGUGGUCCCAUUGAUGAAGAUUUACGUGUCGCGCAGUGCAUCGAAGAUUAUGCGACACGAAGUGACGUUGUCUGGGGCUUUGCCGAAGUAAAGUAUAAGCAGCUAGUCCCGUUGGCACCUUCGAUGGAUCAUGGCUUAGGCGGAGUGCCCGCUGAGAAGGUGGUUUUAGAAGAAGACGAUGGUCUUACAGUGGAGGCGAUCGUGUCACUUUCAGAGGAGGCUUUGGUACUUUACGUGAAAGCUCUCUCGCUUCUCGCUAGGUCUAUGGACAUUGCAAAUAUCUGGUGGACGCGCAGGAAUCGCAUUGAUUCUAGUUCCUCGCAGCACGUUGUUAAUCGCGAUGCAAUGAGCGCCCAGAACUUAAUAUCAAGGGUCAAUUCCGCUGUCCAGUGGGUCCGUAAACGGUUCAACGAGACGUUGGAGAAGGCUGAAGUAGUGCGACUAAAGCUUCUCGAAGCUCAGAAGCAGCUACCAGAGGACCAUCCAAGCCACCCUGCAAACCACCAGCUGGAACUCCUUCCGACUGGUACCUCGAGCACGGAUGGCAUCGUGUUGACUGCUGGUCUUAGCGCCGAGAAGUUAAUGUAUGAAAGAGCGCUUGAAAUGAGUCGUGCUGCUGCUAUUAACGAGAUUGCCAACGAAGAUUUGAGUGGAUGUGAAUUGUCAUAUUUAACCGCUAUUCGAAUGCUUGAAGCGGUGCUCGAUAAUGACGAAGACCUCUCAAAACGCAGGCUGUCUGGUUCUUCGAAGGCCGAACGCGAUUUAGUUCGCGAAGGCGCAUCCGAUAUCAAUCCGGACGAUCAGCAAGCUGUUCAUAAGAUGAUCCACAUGAUCAAUGGCAGGCUUACGGCCCUUCGAAAGAAAUUGCAGAUGAUCGCCAAUGCUUCGAAAGCCCAGCAAGACCUAUCCCGAAAACGUAGCGGCGAUGUUACACCGCGGAGUGUUCCUAUCGGUGCUUGAUCACCUAAAGGGACACCAUUUCUCACGACGUAUGACGACACGUAAAAAGAUUGCACUACUACUAUUCAAGCCCCGCGGCCUUUAUAUUUUUGUUAUUAAG